UUCUUGCACUUCGUUCGUCGUUGACCAAGCGAAGGUGAAACAAGUUAUUAGUUAGUGAAAUGUACGAGAUUCGUACACUGAAAUAAUACGUCAUUUUAUGUUUAGUGGCUAUUUAUUCGUUUUUAAUUUGGAUUACAAGUAAAUCUUUUGAGAAAUCAACAUGCCGGCUGCACGAGGUGUCAAAAGAACGGCAUCUAAAACAUCCGCCGUUACAGCAUCAUCGGCACCCAAAAAUAAGAAGAAACGGGGAGCAAUACAAUUGGAAGUACCAAGUGCUCCAAAGGGCCGUGGUUGUGUGUUAACAUGUGGUCAGGGUGAUGUAGGACAAUUGGGAUUGGGUGAAGAUGUCAUUGAGACCACAAAGUUUAAGCAAGUUACAAGGUUGGGUAACAAAAUAGUGGAUGCAUGUGCUGGGGGCAUGCACACUGUUGCACUCGAUUUUGAAGGAAAGGUAUGGACUUUUGGGUGCAAUGAUGAAGGAGCUCUAGGACGUCCUACAACCAAUGAACAAGAGGAAGGUACACCAAGUUCUGUGUCGCUCCCAGCACCUGCAGUCUCCGUCUCAGCAGGAGAUUCUCAUUCUGCAGCAUUGCUGAAUAAUGGAGACGUAUAUGCUUGGGGCGCUUUCCGGGAUUCCCAUGGCACUAUGGGACUUGUAUUGAGGGCUCGUGAAGGCAAGCCUUCUAAAGAGCCUCUCAAACUGGCCAUUCCUGAGACAGCUGUGGGCAUAGCUUCAGGGGGAGAUCACCUCGUUGUUCUAUCUACAAGCGGUGCUGUAUACACCAUGGGGUGUGGCGAACAAGGACAACUCGGAAGAUUGUCACAACGCUCAGCAUCCAGGGAAGCUCGGCAUGGAUUCAGCGCUCUGCUAGUACCAUCGAAAGUAACAUUGAAGUGCGUAGUGUCCCGUGUCUGGGCAGGAUACCAUGCCACGUUCGCGUUGGACGCCGUCUCGGACAAGAUGUUCGCUUGGGGACUCAAUAACUACGGGCAACUCGGUAUAACAGGUGAUAAGCGCAAAAUAGCACUACACACUCCGACAGAAUGUGAUGCCUUCUCCAAUACACUCAGUUGGCAGGAAGUCGCUUUGGGACAACAUCAUUCGCUCGCCCUCGACUCCAAUGGACAGGUGUAUGCGGUGGGACGGUGCGAAUAUGGCAGACUGGGUCUAGGCGACAGAAAUAAGGAUGCAGAAGCCCUAGAGCCACUUCCUGCUCUCCAGAACAAGAAAUGUAUCAGUAUAGCAGCCGGAACUAGUAAUUCCUUUGCUCUCACUGAAACAGGUGAAGUACUAGGAUGGGGCAUGGGAAGUGAAGGCCAGUUGGGCACAGGUACAAGUUCCGACGCAAACGAACCCACCCCGUCCAUUUGUUUGGGUGUCAAUCUGUCUGCGGGCAGCCACAAACCGGCUAGAAUAUCUGCUGGGGGCCAACAUACAGUGCUCUUUGUGGAAGACACGUCGCCCCAAAAAGAGCCAUCACCCAAACCGGAGCCAGAAGAGCCCCAAGCGGAGGUCGAAUCCGAACCCAAGGCUAAGAAAGCCAAACAGGAACAAGACCAGCAAGUGACGUCGACGAGUGCGAGUGAGGUCAGUGUAGAAGUCAAAGGCAAGAGGAAACGCAAGGAGAGCACCAGCUCCGAGAAAAUAAACGGUGAUGAGAAAAAGGAGACAGCUAUGGAGGUUGAUGACACUGACAAAUCUGAAAAAUCGCAAGAAGAAAACAAACAAACGGACACAGACCAAAGCGCGGAUGAAACUUCACAAGACUCUAAAGUGGAAACUAUGGACACAUCCAGUCAGGACACACUCGACAGCGAGACAGACAAACACACAGAAAAAGAUGAAGCAGACGACAAACAGACAGAUGACAAAGUAGAAAAGAUCGAAUCAGAAAUGGAUACGGAUUCGGAGAAAGUUCCAGAGAAAACAGAAAAACCAGAAAAGGUUGAAAAAAUUUCUGAAAAAUCGGAAAAACUCGAAACUGAAGUAAACGGUGUGGAGGGACCAGUGGCGUGAUUGUGUUUGUAGUGUGGACGAGAAUAUUUCCGUUUAAAUCUUGUAAAAUUCGUUUGUUUGUUUUCCGAGCAUUACUGACAAAUUAUUUGGUAAUUUUUUUAUGGGUCUACAAUUAUUUUCGUCGUUUUGUAAGUAAACAUUUUAACGAGGUCAGACUACUAUUUUUAAUUACCCAAAACAAUUUUACCAGAUUAGCUUUAUAAAAUAUUCUGUACUAAAUUAUUUUAGUACAUAUUUUAAAGUAUUUUUUUUCGGAUUCAAAAGAAAUCAUACACUUUCGUAUUGUUUAUACGCGAUGUUUUUCUCUUAUCCGUAUACGAUUAAGUUUUGACUUUUAAACGGCUUUAAAAUUGUAGACCCUCAACACAACAAUUUUUAACAGUUGCGGCCUAUAAUAUAUUUUAUAUGAAUUAUUUUCCACACCUUGUUAAGUGUCAAGCCAUGAGUAGCGGCUAAACAAGAUCCCGUUUAUGUUAUAAGUUAAUAUAAAGAAAUGGUUGUUAUAAUUACGUAUUUUAUUAAAAACGGGCAUCGAAGCCGCCGAAGCGGUCACGCAUAGAUUAAUUCAGCUUUGUAAGUACAAAGUCUACAUAUACAGGGUGUAUUAAAGCUUUUGGCUUUGAAAAACCUGUAAAAAAUCUGUCUGAAUAAAGGAUAUGAUGCUAAGUUUUUGGUACACUGAUCUAAAAUUCCUGUAUUUAAAUAAUUAUUAUAAAGCCUGUUUCUUUCUAAACAGUACACUAAUAUAUUGACAUAAUAGAUGUAAUUCGAGUAUAAAGUAGUAAUCAAUAAUUCACUAGACUAAAUAAUUUCGUACAAUUUUAUGAGUGAAUGUUUUUUGACUGGCAUGUUUUUUUCAUCAAAUCCGUUUAUUUUUAUAAACACGCACAUUUAAGGGGUUUUUUUUCCUUAGCGUGGCCGUAUAGUGUAAUUAAUUUUAAAGUGCUCUUUGAUUUAGUGUAUUUUCGUUUAUAAAGUGUAUUUCGUUUUACGUGUAUAUAAAGUGCAAUUGGGGAAGUUACUGAAAAUAUUUUCAAAAUUACAUAAAAUAUAAUUAAAUAACGAAAUCACUACAUCAAAGUGUGAAAGUGCAAUUCGGAUAGUGUAUUUGUGUAACUUGUUUACUAAAUCCGAUAGUGUACUUAGGUUACAAUUUGUAACACAUUUUGAAGAGUUUAAGUGACUAAGGUUAAUAUAUAAGUACUUGUUAGAUAAAUUUUGCGUUAAAUAAACCAUUAAAUGUAA